UUCUUGCUUUAACAUACGCAACAUAUUCGGAAGCCCCAACCCCUCUCUCUCUUUCUCUAUAAUAUGGAAGUUUGAUUUUGACCCGUCGCCAGCCACCGCCACCUCUUUUUCUCUCCAUCAAUGGCUGCCCCACCCCUUCCCAACAUUCUCUAUCAUAUUCAUAUACCAUCUUCUUAAAGCCUUCCGUCUCCUUUCAUUUCUCUCUUUUGCUUCCCCCAAUUCAACUUCAUAUUAUAAAUACCAACCGCAAGGAGAAGACAAAAACCCUUUCUUCUUUCUAUAGGUUCUGGUAAAAAAGCAACUACUAUGCAAUCUUCAAGCGGUGGUGAUAACGACUUCGGUUCACUCCAACAAUUUUUGAACCCCUCCCUUGUCUCUCACCACCAGCACCACCCACACACUUUACUGGCUCAAGGACUCGAUCAAGUUCCGUUUCCGAGCUCAUCAUCGAUGCAACCAAGGCCAGUUGGUGAACUUAAUGGUGUUGUCAAGAACCCCAAGAAGCGAACAAGGGCGUCAAGGAAAGCACCCACUACGGUUCUCACCACUGACCCAACCAAUUUCAGAGCCAUGGUGCAAGAAUAUACUGGAAUUCCUACACCACCAGGCUCAUCAUCAUUUUCUCGAAAGCUCGAUAUUUUUGGCUCUGGUUCAUCAGGUACCCGGUCGUCCACUCACUUGGAACCUUUACGUCCCUCGGCUAAAAGGGUUCAGCCUGCUGCAACUUCAUUAUUAAACAAUAUUCCUUUAGCUGAAGCUUCUAAUAUGUUAAACUUUCAAGCCCAGAUUCUCCAGCCUCCACUUCAGCCUUCUCUUAAUAUGCCUGGUUGUCCAGCUUCAGCUUCUUCAACAAUGGCUUCCCUCGAUGGUGUGAGUGGGAACCUCGGUGGCUUACAUGGAAACUGGAGAGGUGCGGUUGGAUUAAACAAUGGGAAUCAAGAUCAUUUCAGGCCGUUUGAUGGGAUUUACAGUAAUACUUCUCAGAGACUUAACAGUUUCAAGUCGAAUUACUCUUCAUUAUCGGAUUUCCAACAUGAAAAGGGACUGGAAAACGUUUCAUCCAGAGCUCAAGGCACAGUUGAUUCAUGGAUAUCUCCUGCAGACUAGAAUAGUUUACUGAACUGUUACAAAUUUAAAUGUGCAGAAGCACUGGUAAAUUUAAUGUGUAAAGAAUUUCGCUGCACUAGUCAUCAUAUUCUCUCUUUUCUUUUCGUUCAUUUUAGAAAUAAUCAUCAAUAAUUUAAUUAAAA